UUUAUAGUUGCCCUUAGUUGAGAACAUAAAAAAAUCAUAAUCCCCAAUUAGAAAGACUUGAAACAGCAAAGCUUACCAUGAUACAAAUCUGCCCUUCACCAAAAACACCCUGCAACUCAUAUUGGGACAGGGUAAGUUUAAUUAUUUUCUGUGGGCAGCGAAACAAAAGCUUUUGGCUAAAUGUUUUAUCUUCAAAGGAGCAGUUAGGCACAAGGAGAAGCCUUUUUUGUAUUUUCUUUUCAUUUAGAGCUCUGCCUCUGCAAAAAUAUUGCACAAGCAUUCAAAGAGCUAUUUUUACUGUCUUAAUAAGCAGCUCGGUCUCCAUGUUUUUGCAGCACUGUCUGGACACAGGUCAUUGCAGUGCAGUGCGUGUUUUGGCUGAGACUGGACAGGCUGCUUGCAAACUGUUUAAAUUAAUGUUAGAAAAUAGACUUGUUCCUAAGGAGAGAUGGAUUUAAAAGAUUCUUUCAUUCUCCGUUGUACUAAUUUGGAAAACAAUCUUUUUGCUGUCAUGGUUGUUUGAUUUUCUAAUAUGAGCGAACAAACUCAACAGGAGGCCUUCUUCUGAACUAUUUUUAUUAAGAAAAAUAACCACCAUAGAUAAAAGCAGUGGCGAUAACAGCUGUCAUCUCUCGUCUACACUUAGUAAAACCACAGCUGUCCUCAAAGCCUCGAUGUGUCAUUUGCAGUACAUCCAAAUGAAAGCAGGAUUUAUGAAAAAUCAAAGCAAACACAGAAAUAGCUACAGGGCUUUAGUCAAAUAAACAUGUUUGAUAUUUGCUGAAAUCUGGAUCAGUCAGGGCUGUCAGAACUGCUGGCUUUUUCAGUGAGAUGCACUGAAACUACUGUGAUUUGACAAAUUAACAGAUAUAAAUACAUUACUGCAAAUGGUUCUGUUAGAUUUUUGCAUUUAAUGAUAAACUGAGCUAAAAUAGCCCAUCCUUUGUUUUGUUAUUUUCAAUUUUUGCACAUUUGAAGUCAGAUCUUAGAGAAAUAAGUCGAGCUCGUUGCUAUUGAGAAAGUUUUCUUCAGAUUAACCUAGAUAAUUUGGCGGAGGGGAUCAUUAGGAAGGAAACAGUCGCAAACUCAUCGAGGAAAUCCCUUCAGCCGGGUGUGUCAAGCGAUCACCAACUUCAUAAAGGCAGCAUGCAGAGAAGCACUUUUAUAGGUGUCACAUAUGGCUAGGGGAUCAAAUGACUGUUUAUCCUCUCUCUAAAGGGCCCCUCAGUGGUGCCUGCAGCACCUUAGAGACAUCAAAAGGAUCAGACUGUUCAGGUGAGGUAAGGGUGGGGGGUUAGCAGAGUAUUUCAAAUGGCUAUUUAGUUCAAAACAAGACCACUUAAGCUCAGCAGCAAAAAGAUCCUAUAGCAUUCAUCAUGGAGUUGGCCUUGUGUUUGAGCAGAGGGCAUGUAAGAUUUAGGAUUCAAAUAGUGUAAAUACCCUGUUUAUUUUAUUAUAAAGAACAAAAGAGUACCAAUUUUGAAGUAAUGAGGCAUCUUUAAAAUAGGUUUAUGUUUUUAGAAGAUUAUCAAGCAACCUUAAAAUGGGAAGUAAUCCUUUUUUAUGACCAACUAAAUUAAAGAAAACCUACAGCAAUGAGAUUGACCAUUUCAGUGUUACACUUUCAGAUGCCUGAGGACGGACAGCACACUUAAGAAAGCUUUAACUUACCACCAGUUUAGUUAUAUGCCUAAAGUCGAAUGAUAACUUGAUUGUAUUAAUUUUAUAUUAAUUGUAUUCUAUUUAUAUUCGAGAAAAACUUUCAAAAUCAAAAAUCUAGAAUGUCCUUCAACUUCUUCCAUCACUUUGUGCUCUAAAAUUCACACCCUCCCCACGCUGUUUACUCCUUACAGAAACGCACAACAACAGUGUGGUCACGAGUGUCAUUGAGGGGACCGUUCCCAAAAGCAACACAAUGCCACAGUCUUGUCAGUCAUUCAGAACUAGUUCUGUGUUGCAGUGUUAAACCUUGAAAAACCACAGCCCACUGCAAUGUUUGUUUAAAGGCUGUUGCAGCUUACAGCAACAGCAAGACCAAUUUUUUUCAACAUCGUAAACAGAGGCAUGCAUCUUUGUCGGAGAAAUGUGUCUCACUACAAGACACCCAAGACUAUUACAGCCCACAAACAACUGAUAAGAAAGCAGCCAACAUUCACAGACUUAUGAACCCAUUAUAGUGCCUUUUAAAAGUGAUGGAAAGCUAUUUCUGAUGCAGUUGCACUUAAUAUCCCUUUAGACAUGUUGCUCAUGUAUACAGUAAGUCCUGGGUUUAUCCACAUGUUUAAAACUGUCAAUCAAAGAUAUGUGAAACUACAAGAAGCAUUUUUAAAGACAACUUUAAAGCUUGCACUAGAACUCAGUAGUCAACCGAUCUUAGAUUUUAAAGGCAGAUGCUGAUAAUGAGAGAGCAGAGUGCUGUUGAUAUGCACACAAAAUCACCAUAAUAGUAACAGGUCAAUUCUUGUACAGGGGGGACCUGGUGCUAUUGCCAAAGAAAUAAAAAUAUGUGUGUUAAACUAUAUAUCAGUAUUUUGCAAAAUGUGAUUAAAUUUUCUGCUGACCAGAUAUUAGCAAACAUCCGUUAUCAUGCAUCUUUUGUAAAUGAAGUAUAAUCUGUUUAUACAGUCUGAGUUCAAUCAUUGCUAUGAGAUAAAAGUUCAGCAGAAGAGUUGAUUUGUCCUUUGGUUUCCUCUGCGUACAAUCCUGUGUCCUAAGACAAGGACUUGAACAAGUUAUUGGAUCUUCAGCAGUUUAUUCUGAGUUUUUCAGACUAUCGAGUGUCGAGUGUCCAGACAUGUUUCUGGUUGUCUGGUUGUCUGCCAUGGACACAAGAGUGUGGAGAGCUGCAGUGUUUUUAAAAAUGCAUUUAGCCCUUGGGGUCUUUCCAUUUCUGUCAGAGAGCAAGUUAAGCCAGUUGUGUGUGUGUGUGUGUGUGUGUGUGUGUGUGUGUGUGUGUGUGUGUGUGUGUGUGUGUGUGUGUGUGUGUGUGUGUGUGUGUGGAGAUCAAAGAAGCGUACUGCUGCCUUUGACAGAGACAGGUCAGAGGACUUCAUACUGGCUGACUACCGGUACCUGCUCCUCUGAUUAAGCUGUGAGAUUAUUAUUCAUGAAUGAAGACUUUCUUUUGCUUUUCACUGCCUUUAAAACAUUGGCUACUGCUGAUUUAUGUUUCUGAAAGUGUGCCUGAGGAGCUGAAGGCUGUGAGGCUCAUUUGCAACUAGAUGUGUAAGAAGAGGAUAAUGUCUUAUAUCAGGUUUUAUGUGACAUAAAAAUCACACUACAAACUGAUGGAAUAAAGUUCAGUUUAUAAUAUAAAACAGGUUAUACUUAAUUGUAUAUUUCUGCACGAUAACAGUCCAAAUUAGACUCACUCACUCACUCACUCACUCACUCAGAAGUCCCUAUUUGGCAGGUAUCUUUCACCACUAGGGGGAGCUAAAAGCCAAGACACAUUACUGCCUACACUGGUGUAUUUUUGUGCAAAGAUCAGAUCCAGUGUUCAAGGAAUAGAUGGGACAAGCAUCCUUAAACUUGAGACACUAACAAAGUCAUUAAAAUUUAACAGUUACUAACAGUGCUAAUCUUAAGAGACACUCGUAACUGCUGAUCCAUACUACUUGUCCCAUCACAGCUCAAUCAUAGUACCACCAACCUGGACCUCAAUUAUCAGUCACUUGCAGUGUGGAUGUUUCUGUACAAUAGUUUUCUAGUGUCAUAUUAUCCUAUUUAGUAGAAAAGGUGGAACAUGGCUGCUGGUAACAGUCCUGACUCCCUUCCUCAAGUGGUCUCAACCUAAAUUAAUUUAACACCACCAGCUCUCACAUGUAAAACUUUGACAUCUAUUCAAAAAUGAUUAACUGAUCGAGUGACAGUAUUUUAACCUUACAUACGUGUUUUUGUUGUUGUUGUUUUGGAUCUUGCAUUAAGCGCUUUUACAAAAAUAACACACUGAUAUACUAAGAACUUGCUACAAACGCACAACAAUACUAGUAAUACCAUUUCCAAGGGUUAAGUUUUGCUGAAUUUGCAAAUUUACAUGGUGCAGUACCAGUUUUCGCCGCUGGGUGUCGCUAUGCCCCUUCUAUCUACUGUGAAGGCGUUGUCUGUCUGCCGAGUGUUUAACUCCGAUGCAUAUAGAUAAGAAUCUCCGCAGCCUCAGAGUUCUCAAAGAGUUUCAAAUAAAGUCAGAUUGAAAUGGGAGAAAAUAUCAAAGAUAUUGAGGUAGCCUUUGGUUUGAGCAACUGUUGACUACAAAAAGCCGUGUAUACCCUACUUUAGACCUAACGUCCUCUAGGAUGUUGGCCUGAUUGUGUCACGGCUGCUUUGAUUUAAACCUGUGUCCACUAUUUAAGGGUGAAACUGGACACCUAUGUCAAUCGACUGAAACACCAAAGGAGAAAAGACCUUGACAUGCUUUUUGAAGCCUAAUGCAAGUGUCGUGUUUGUCACUGAAGGACUGUUGGAGAGAUUUGUUGUUGUUUUUUUAACCAAAGAAAAUACAGUAAAGAAAUGGAAGGGGGAUGAUUUAAUAAGAAAUUGCAACGUCUGGUCUUUGAAACUUCGUGUACCCUGGUGUUGAUUUUCAGCUGUGUUUUUGUCUUUGCUCGAUGUUGUACGUAAAGCCCAACAGUUCUGACGGUGCAAAAUCUCGAGUGCUGGGUGUAGACACUGCAGGACCUGGGGAGGGAGAAGAAUUUGCUGUUGUGGUGAGAGGAAAAAAGAGGAGGGUGCAUACUGUUGAUGUGCAGAGAAACAUAAAGGGGUCAAACAUCGGCCAAGGAGACCCUCUUUGAUUAACUCCUUUGUAAGGUUGGGCUUUAAAAAUGGGAGUUUUGGAUAGUUAGCGUGUUUCUUGUGAUCGUAGCCCUUCUUUAGAUCCAUAAUCAGACGCGUAUCUCCGAUCAUCGUCCGGUGAUAGAUGCGCACCCAGCAGCUGCUCUUGUAGGCUAAGUACCCAUAGGCACCCUGAGAGUGCAGCUCCGACACUUGGACGCUGACAUCUGGGAAACUCCACUCGGUGUUCAAAUCGCUGCGCUUUGCUCGGCGCACAGCCAAAUGGGCAUCAGAGGCCGACGGGAAAUCAGGGUGGGGGUUGUGCGUCCUUCUUGGAGGGGGUUGGACGACACGACGGGACAGCCAAUGAGAGUAACGCAAGAGACUGUUGCUUUGACUGACGAGUUGUAGGGAGCUUAUAUACGCCACAUCUCCUUGAAAAGGUACAUUUAAACAGAACAGAGAGGAGCAGUAACGCGUCAGGGCGAGUAAAAGGAGACACGCACGUAUUUUCGGGUCAAACAACAACAAUACCUGAUACUCACACCUGGAAACGAAUUCUGAUUUUGUCGGGAAACAUUUGGAGAUGUCUAACGUUCAGUUAUCGAGCAUCGCUCUGGAGAGGCUGGUGGCCCGGAGGACCUUUCCUCUCCACCGGCGCACCAGCGUCUGCCGCAACCUCUUCGGCCCGGUGGACCACGACGAGCUGAACCGGGAGAUGAAAGACAAACUCCGGGAGAUUUCUGAUCGAGACCAGCAGAGAUGGAACUUUAAUUUCGAGACCAACACUCCGCUGGAUGGGGAUUACGCAUGGGAAGAGGUGUCCGUAGAUAAGACCCCGGAGUUUUAUCAGGACUCUGUACAGAACGAGAGGACCAGGGUGCCGGCGACGCCCGUCAAGCAGACACCCACCCACUCGGACUCUGCUUUCCCAGAGACCCCUCGCUCAGACGCACUGGAGCGCUUGGCUCUGCCGGACUGCAGCAGCACUCCUUGUCCGGUCGAGGUCAACCAGGAGAACCGCACGGAUAAGCUGAACUCAGGGAAAAGGACUUACAGACAAACCCAGUGUGUCAGACGCAAGGGGACGACCACCGCUGACAACAACAACACACACAUCACAGGUAAAAACGGCUUUAUAACGCUCAAGUAUUGUAACAAUCUAAUCACAUUUCUGCUUUGUAGCCUAGGUCUAAUGUUACUAAUUCGACCUUACGUUGAAUCGUUUGUAUUUACCUAUUUUUCGUCCUUUUAUAACAGACUAUUUCGUGAAACGAAAGAGGGCUGCCGGCACUUGCCACCUUUCCAAAUCUCCAAUCCCGUUGGAGCAGACUCCAAGAAAAAGGAUUCGUUGAAGGUAUGAAAAUGAAUCACUUGUUUGUUUUUCUCAAAAUUUCAAGGAUUGGUAUUAAAGUGACAUUUCUGUAUUUUCUGACAGUUAAACUGAUAUUUUUUAAUUCAUUAGACUACAUCAAUUAUUGUAAUUUGUAGCGUUUGUAAGUAGAUGGCGAAACGCUCUUCUGUGCCUCUAUUGCGUAGAAUGACUCCGCUGGCCAGCCAGAGUUAUCUGUGAGGGGGGGCAGGGGAGAGUUUGUGGUGGUGAAAUCGCAGUAGUAGUGAUAGUAGAGGCAGUAGUAACGCUGGUGGUUGGGGGAGGGGAAUGUGCGUCACGUUGUGGCGGGAAAAAGCUCUGCUAAAGGGUGACGCCUUCUGCUGACUUCGUCUUUCUCCAGAAUGACUGUUCCUCGGAAAACUCACGGUGUUUUAUUUCUCCUUUUUCUUUCUCAGGUGGUUUUUGCACUAUAUGCCAGCGCAAUUUUUAAAGUUACAAGAAAGGAACGACGCUCCUUCCGACAACUUAUUCGCCGGAGACGGGAGCGCUGUCCGAGGACGGUGUAUGGGGAGACAAUAGCCCGACCUGCCGGCUCCUCCGCUCUGGAUUGACUCACUCCGGAGGAGCGGAACCUGAACUCCGGAGCAGACUCUCAGGACUGUACGGUUUGGGGUGGGAAAAGAGAAAAUUCGCUGAAUGACUUAUAUCCAGUACAAAUGUAGCAUUGUUGCUUUUGCAUACAGCCACUCGACAGUGUUAAAUGUUUUAACAUCUGUGCAAUCCUAAAGAAAUGUCUACACUGGCCAAAAGUGUACAGCUUUAUAGAGAUGGUAGCUGAAAAUGUUUAUUUCGGUUCUGGUUUUUCUGUUAAUGUAUAUUUUUAAGACUAUUUUAACUUAUAAUUUAUUUAUGUUUCAUUAUAUUUGUGAAAUGCCCUGUUGAUUUAGCCACACGGCAUACUUUUAUUUUAUUUUGUUAUAUUAUUGUUUCAAAUUUUUGUAUUUUGAUGUUUCUGCAAUCAUGUAGCUUCUCUAUAAUAGUGAACACUUGAAAUAUUAGGUUUCUUUGUGUUUCUGAGCCGUUUUUUGUGUGUUGUGUGCGUAAUUGUCUCUCAAGAACUGAGAAUAAAAGAAUUUUCACUUCAACUUAAAAGAGA